AGACUGCAGCUUGGCUUUGCUAUUCUUCAUCCUUCCCUUUUCUUUUUCUGCAUUCGUCGUAAGCAACGUUUGUAAUAUAUCUAUAUAAAUAUCUACUAACUAUUAUCUACGAUCAUCUUGAUAAGCUGUACCACCUUUAGUCAGCUCUGUGCUUGCAGCUAUCGUGUGCUCUUCUCUCUUGCUUUCUACAGCUUUUUUCCGUUGUUCUAUUUUAAAGCUUCGUGUGUGAUUGGCAUUUGGCGCUGAUCGAUAUUGCCGCCGUGUUUUCUUUUUUUCGCUCUCCUCCCCUUGUUUUCUCUACUCUACGGCUUAACAGUGUACAUAUAUAUAAAUAUACAUUUCCUCCAGCUUUCCUCGUAAAAAGAAGAGAAGCCCAAACAAACAACCAUCCCAUCUCCUCCUUCUUAUUCUUAUUACAAAUGUACGUCCAAAACGCGAACUCCUCCCAGCAGAUGAUGCAGUUCCCACAGAAUCAGUCCCAGCAGCAGUUCUCUGCCAUUUCUUCCUAUCCUCCGCAGCAGUCCUUCAUCGUGCAGCACCCGCAGCAGCAGAACGUGUACCCGUCGCAGAACACCCAGUUUGUCCCGAUGAACAUCACGUCUCAGUCGAGCCAAAACUACGUCAGCGCGCCCACCGGAACCGUCUACGACAAUAAUUUCCAAGGCUCCGUGAGCCAGAUCUCGCCGGACCAGAUCACGCGAAGCCACAGCCGCACGCAGAUGGUGCCGAUCCCGUCAAACGAUGAGCGGUACCGCAAGCAGCUCAUCGUGAACUACCUCGCGCAGGACGUGACCAGCGCAGACAUCCACACCCUCUUCUCCCGCUUCGGCCCCCUCGACGGUGCUCGCAUCAUCUUCGAUCGCCAGACGAGCAUGCCGCGCGGUUACGGCUUUGUCUACUUCCGUCAUCCGGAGAGCGCGAAGCAGGCGGUGGACACGAUGAACGGGUAUGAGUUCCACGGCAAGCGUCUGAAGGUGGGCUACUCCACCAACCCGCUGAACAUCAUCUCCAGCACCUCCGCGGCGCAGUAA